CUGGGUUCCUUAAUUUCUGGAGAUAAUUUUCGAAUUGCUCCAAAUUUUCAAUACACAUGAUGCUUGAUGACUUCUUUUGGGUGUAUGUAUUUUGAAUAUCAGUAAUAUGCAGGAACAAUUUGCUAAAGUUAUGAGUCAGAUGACAAAAAUUGAAACACUUACUGGUAGCAACUUUAAGAAGUGGAAAGCAGAUGUAGAAAUAGCUCUAGGACUUAUGGACAUUGACUUGCCACUUAGAGUUCCCGAACCACCAAAAAUUAAUGAUACUAGCACCAGACUUGAAAAGGAUAAAGCUGAAAAAUGGGAGAGCAACAAUAGGAUGUGCAUCAAGAUUAUGCAGAGGGCAAUGACUGAUACGGUAAGGGGAGGGAUUCCUGUUUGUGAGAGAGCUGCAGAUUUUUUAGCAGCCAUAGAAGAAAAAUUGAAGGAAAGUGAUAAAGCUGAAAUAACAAAUCUCAUGAAUACCCUUUCGACUAUGAAGUAUGAUGGUAAUGGAAGUAUUAGGGAGCACUGUUUGAAGAUGAUUGAUAUUGCAAGUAAGCUGAAAACUCUAGAAGUUCCUGUAGCAGAUCCAUGGCUAGUUUAUUUAGCUCUUUCUUCUCUACCUCCUCAAUUUAGUCAACUAGUCACAACCUACAACACUCAGAGAGAUAAGUGGACAAUUAAUGAACUCAUAUCCAUUUGUGUGCAAGAAGAGGAUAGGAUUAAGAAGGAAAAAGGCAAAGUUGUUUCCACAGUGAACUUGGUGACAAAAGGGCAGUCAAAGAACUAUGGGGUUAAGAAGCCUACAUUCAAAUUUCUCUAAGGGUUCAUCUUCUGCUGGGGAUCUCAC